AUGGGUGCUUCGUUGGUUGUUAUCAGUAACAAGUUUGAGACUGAGUGGGGUGAGCCGCCGAUUAAUUUCAUCGACAUUCCGACACUGAAGCGGAUCAUUACUGAGUUUCUCAAUAGCGGGUACUAUGUGGUGUAUAACCGAGCGGGGAAGGCGUUUAGGACAGAUCGGGAGCAGCGGGACUUGACUGGUUUAGCAUUUCAACUAAUCGGUCGGAGGAAUGUUGAUUUCCCUUGCGCCUGCCAUCUCAUCCCCACUCCGUCCCUCACCGUCUUCUUCCCCCCCCUUUUCCCUCCCCACCCCCCCUCCCCGCCUCCCUCCCCUUCCCCUCAACACACCGUCCUCUUCCCCCUUGUGUCCCCUCCCCUCGCCCUCCCUGCACCCACCCGGCACCCACCCGGCACUCACCCCGCACCCACCCCGCACCCACCCCGCACCCACCCCGCACCCACCCCGCACCCUCCCCUUCCCCAUCCCUUCUCUCGCCCCCCUUGCCCUCCCCUCACCACCCGUCCCUCCUUUUCCCCCCUUCCCCCCACCAGCGACGGGCGGUCGCGGCAGUUUGGCUUCGUGGGGCUGCGAUCGGAGGAGGAGGCAGCAGCGGCGAUAGCCUACUUCAAUCGCUCCUUCAUGGACACCUUUCGACUCACCUGCGAGUUCGCCAUGCCCAUUGGUCACACGGCGUUGCCCCGCGCAUGGAGCAAGCACACGCAGGCCAAGGAGACCAAGGGCGACGGAGGGACAGGCGGAAAGGGAGCGGCAGCAGAAGGAGGGGGGAAGCAAGGAGGUGUGGAGGCAGCGGCGGACGGAGGGAAAGGUGGGGAGCGUGGGGAGAGUGAGAGAGGGAAGAAAAAGACAGGGAAGGUGGUGGGAGGGGUGGCUGUGAAGCAAGCAGCGCAGGAGGAUGAAGGGUUCAGAGAGUUUCUAGAGGUGAUGGAGCGAGGCGGGAAGAAGAAGGUUUGGGCGAAUGAUACUGCGGAUGGGGAUGGGGGGGGAGGAGGGGGUGUGGGGAAGGGGAGGGGCGGUGGGAGUGUGAGUGGAGGAGGGGCGUAUGGAGGGGCUUACCCACCGCACAUGCGCAUACCCACGGUUCUCCUUUCGUAUCGCCAACCCAAAGGAGAAGUCCAUCUGGUGGUGGACCGCCACACCAAGCUCUCCAAGGGCUUUGCAUAUGCGCUCUUCACUGUUCCUGAAGAUGCUGUCAGUGCCAUGAAGGCUCUCGACUCCUCCAUCUUUCAGGGCCGCCUGCUGCACGUGCUGCCGGCACACAGACCACCCCCCAAGAAGGACGAGGAUGCGAACCUGCAGGCAAAAACGCUGAAGGAGAGGAGGGAGGAGGAGAGGAAGAAGCGCGAAACAGGAGGGGACACUCGCGCUUGGAGCUCCUUUUACAUGCGGCCAGAUACGGUGGCAGAAGCAGUGGCUCAGAGAUACGGAAUUGCGAAGAGAGAUUUACUUGAUCCAUCAGCCAGUGACACAGCAGUGGCUGAAGCGGUGGCUCAAAGAUAUGGAGUGGCGAAAAGAUAUGGAGUGGCGAAAAGAUAUGGAGUGGCGAAAAGAUAUGGAGUGGCGAAAAGAUAUGGAGUAGCAGAAGCAGUGGCACAGCGGUACGGAGUAGCAAAACGAGACCUCCUGGACCCAUCAGCCAGUGACACAGCAGUGCGGCUGGCGUUAGGGGAGGCGCACAUAGUGGCGGACACCAAGCGGGCCCUGCUAGACGCAGGCAUCGAUGUGACCCUCAUGGAGCAAUUCGCCACCACCACACAGGGUCUCUCCUUCAUGCUCCGUGCUACCUGCUCCACGCCCCCUCCUGUUUCCAUUCUGUCCCCAUCCUCCCCUCUGUCCCCCCUUCAGGUAGCUGAAGCAGUAGCCCAGAGGUAUGGGGUCGCGAAAAGAGACCUGCUCGACCCAUCAGCCAGCGACACAGCAGUGCGGCUGGCACUAGGAGAGGCGCACAUAGUGGCGGACACCAAGCAGGCUCUGCUUGACGCGGGCAUCGAUGUGGCCCCCAUGGAGCAAGCCACAACCACCUCGACCGCUGCUGCCGCUGCAGCUGAGGCAGUGGCGCAAAGAUAUGGAGUCGCGAAGAGAGAUCUCCUGGACCCAUCAGCCAGUGACACAGCCGUCCGGCUUGCCUUAGGGGAGGCGCACAUAGUGGCGGACACCAAGCGGGCUCUCCUAGACGCCGGUAUCGACGUGGCUCUCAUGGAGCAAUUCGCCACCGCCGCCACCGCUGCUGCCGCCGCUGCUGCUGCUGCCAAAGCAGCUGGGAAAAAGGAUACCAAGGCGGAUGGCAGUGCUGGUGCUGCUGGUGGUGUUGGCAGCUUGGCGCGCAGCAGGAGUGUGAUUCUGGUGAAGAAUCUGCCCUUCAAGGUGGAGGCUGGGGAGCUGGUGGGGCUGUUCCAACGGUUCGGACCGGUAGCGAGGUUUGUGCUGCCGCCCACCAACACUGUUGCAUUGGUGGAAAUGGCAGACUCUGCUGAUGCCAAGAGGGCUUUCAAAGGCCUAGCUUAUAAGAGAUACCAGCAUGUUCCUCUGUACCUGGAAUGGGCACCAGAAGGAAUCUUCCUAGAACCCGCAGCACCGUCAGACACGCCAACCACAACAGCAGCAGCAGCAGCAGCAGCAUCUUCUAGGGAAGGAGAGGGAGGCGCAGGGGUAGGCAAGGAGGGAGGCGGAGAGAAGAAAGCGAAGAAGCAGGGUGCAGUGGGGUUGCUGCCGGUGGUGAUGGAUGGGAAGGCGGCCAGGCGCAUGGCUGCAGAGGCGGAGAUGGUGGGGGGAGUUGGGGGAAGAGAUGGGGGAGGAGAGGGGGCCGAGGGGCAUGUGGUGGAAGGGGAGGAGGACGGGCAGCCCACGAGCCACAGUGUGUUUGUGAAGAACCUCAGCUUUGCCACAACAGAGGCGCAGCUGAAGGAGCACCUGGAGAAGCUUCUCAGAAGCAAGCACGCAGGGGCGGAUGGGGAGGGCCCAGCACUACGCAGCGUCACGAUCAAGAAGCGGGUGCGGAACGGCAAGCAGCUGUCGAUGGGUUUUGGGUUCGCGGAGUUUGGAUCCGUGCUCGCUGCUCACCGCGCAUGCAAGCUGCUGCAGGUGAGCCACAUGGUGUGGUGGCCACACCCGUCCGUUCAUGCCACGUGCAUGUGUUGUGGUGAGCCGCAUGGUGUGGUGGCCACACCCGUCCGUUCAUGCCACGUGGAUGUGUUGUGGUAUGCAGCUGGGUGUGCGGAGUUUGGAUCCGUGCUUGCUGCACACUGCGCGUGCAAGCUGCUGCAGCCAUUUGAGGCCACUAAGAGGGACAUUCAGCAGCUGUUUGCACCUUUUGGGCAGGGGGCUUUGCCUCUAGAGGGAGGUGCCUUCUUGGAUUGCUUCCUGACUACUGUCAUUCAAGCUACCCCCUCCCUUCCUUCCCCACCCAACCCUCAGCUAAAGAGCAUGCGGCUGCCACGCAAGUUUGACGGGGGGCACAGGGGGUUUGCGUUUGUGGAGUUUGCAACAAAGAGGGAAGCAGAGAGUGCCUUUGAUGCGCUCAAGAGCACCCACCUGUACGGCCGCCACCUCGUGCUUGAAAGGGCCAAGGAGGGCGAGGGGCUCGACGAGCUACGUGCCAAAACUGCCGCCCAGUUUCUGGACGGGGGGGCGGGCGGCGUGCGGCAGAAGAAGCGUGCCAAGCUGGGGCAGGGCGUGGAUGACAGUGAUGUGGCAUUCCGGGAAAUGCAGUUUGGUUGA